AGGCCCAGAGUUCCUUCGCGAUAAUAAUUUCGAGCCUAACUCUGACUUAAAAAAUAACCAAAAUAAUGACGAUUUGCCCGAGCUAAAGGCGAAUGUUUCACUUGUUUGUGUACCUAAUCGUGACAAUGAGGGAUGUUUUCCUUUCCAUAGAUUUUCUCAAUUCAAUCGUUUACAGCGUACCGCGGCGUAUGUUUUGCGAUUUAUUUACAAUGCGCGCAAUAAACUUAGCAAAAAAACUGGGUCAUUAAGUGUAGACGAGUUGAAUGAAUCCGUUCUGUUGCUAGCCAGGCUGGCGCAGUAUGAGUCAUACCGAGAUGUGCAUAAUUGCUUAUCACGUAAACGGCUGUUAACAAACAAACACGGUGCAAGCCUUACUAAAUUAAAUUUAUUUCUUGACAACAUGAAUGUGUUAAGAGUAGGCGGCCGUUUAGAAAAUGCUAGCCAGUUUAGUUACGAGAAAAAACACCCUAUUUUAAUUUCGUGUAAACAUUAUUUAGCCGUGCUAUUAUUUCGUUUCGAACAUAAGCGACUGUUGCACGCGGCGCCACAGCUGUUGUUGUUUACUAUAAAGGAAACCUGGUGGCCAGUAGGAGCUAGAAAUUUAGCACGAAAGAUUGUUCAUGAUUGUGUCACGUGCAAACGGAUGCAAGGUCAAACAUUGACACCUAUCAUGGGCAAUCUGCCUCGCGAACGAUUGGAACCAGGGUAUCCGUUCAUAUACUGCGGCGUGGAUUAUGGUGGUCCAGUGCUUGUUUUGAAUCGCAAAGGUAGGGGUGCGAAAUUAAUAAAAUCAUAUAUUUGUUUAUUCGUAUGUUUAGUAACGCGCGCUAUUCAUUUAGAACUGGUCAGUGACCUCUCGUCUGAUGGUUACUUAUUAGCAUUAAAACGUUUUAUAUCGCGUAGGGGUAAACCUGUUGAAAUAAUAAGCGAUAAUGGAAAAAACUUUGUCGGACUAAUGAACGAUUUUGAAAAAUUUCUUUCAAGUAUAUCUGGCGAUAUACAAGAGUACGCCUUGUCUCAGAAAAUUAAAUUUCGCAUGAACCCGCCGUACGCCAGUCAUUUCGGUGGGAUGUACGAGGCAGGUAUUAAAAGUUGUAAAUACCAUUUGCGACGCGUUGUAGGCAACGCACAUUUGACGUUUGAACAAUUAAGCACGACCUUGACCGAGAUUGAGGCCUUGCUUAAUUCUAGACCACUUACUCCUAUGUCAUCUGACCCCAACGAUUUUUUACCGCUUAGCCCAGGGCAUUUCUUGAUUGGUCGUCCGCUAACCGCACCUGUGUGCGCUAGCCUGAGCGACGUUCCUGAGCAUCGGUUAACGCGUUACCAGAGAGUCGAACAGCUUCGUCAGCAUUUCUGGAGUCGUUGGUCGCGAGAGUACGUGACGGAGUUACAAGCCCGAUCAAAAUGGAGGUUUCAGUCUGAUGACCUCAAAGAAAACACGCUUGUCGUCAUAAAGGAAGACAAUGCUCCCCCGCUAAAAUGGAGUUUAGGCCGAAUCGUCAAAACGUAUCCAGGCAAGGACGGCGUCUCGAGAGUGGCCGACGUAAGGAUGCCUUCUGGAGGAACUGUGAGACGCGCUUUCUCGAAACUGUGUCCGCUUCUUCAGCCAGACUGUUAGCCACGUCAUCAGUCCCAUUAUCACGUUUUGUAAACCACCAGUUUCCAAGGCCGGGAGUAUGUCAAUGCAACUUAUGUGGGAGACCGUACCCGAUGCAACUUACGCAGCCUACCGUACGCAUAUCGCAUCAUCGGCAGCCAAUCAGCGGCGAUAUCACGUCAUCUACAGCCCCUGUGAUUGGCCCAGGAUGUUGCCACGGAGGAACCGAGCCCCACUCCACGCAUUCGCUAUUCGCCUCAUUAAUAGACGCACGCAUACGUGCCUUUUUUAAUACAUAAUUACUUUAUUCUGUUUUUUUGUACCAAAUGUACUAGUUGGUUAUUAAAAGUAUUUAAAACUAAA